UAGCAGUUGUUCACAUGCAAAAUUCCCAGCGAUAAACAGAAGACACUUUGUGAUUUUGUGGAGAUCAACUGAAACAUAUUUUUAUUUCUUAUACCUUAAUUUGUCACCUAAUAAACUCUAAAAAUGGGAUUGAAAUUUUUAGAGGUUCUUCGACCUUUUAUCUCUGUUCUUCCUGAAGUAGCGAAACCUGAAAGAAGGAUACAGUUUCGUGAAAAAGUACUGUGGACAGCAAUAACACUUUUUAUUUUCCUGGUUUGCUGUCAGAUUCCUUUGUUUGGUAUAAUGUCGUCCGACUCUGCUGAUCCUUUUUAUUGGAUUCGUGUAAUUCUCGCAUCAAAUAGAGGAACACUAAUGGAACUUGGUAUUUCACCUAUUGUCACAUCUGGUCUUAUUAUGCAGCUCUUGGCAGGAGCAAAGAUUAUUGAGGUUGGGGACACAGUGAAAGAUCGUGCUUUGUUUAAUGGAGCUCAGAAAUUAUUUGGUAUGAUUAUUACUAUUGGUCAAUCAGUUGUGUAUGUUAUGACUGGGAUGUAUGGUGAUCCAUCAGAACUUGGCUCUGGUGUUUGUCUCAUCAUUAUAAUUCAGCUUUUCUGUGCUGGGUUGAUUGUUUUGUUGCUUGAUGAGCUGCUACAGAAAGGUUAUGGUCUUGGAUCUGGUAUUUCUCUCUUUAUUGCAACAAAUAUUUGCGAGACAAUCGUUUGGAAAGCUUUUAGUCCGGCGACUGUCAAUACAGGAAGAGGUACUGAAUUUGAAGGCGCUGUCAUUGCUUUGUUCCAUUUGCUGGCAACGAGAACUGAUAAAGUUCGUGGCUUGCGUGAAGCAUUUUACCGUCAAAAUCUUCCUAAUUUGAUGAAUCUCAUGGCGACUGUCUUCGUGUUUGCCGUUGUCAUAUAUUUCCAAGGAUUCCGUGUUGAUUUACCAAUCAAAUCCGCUCGCUAUCGUGGUCAAUAUAGCUCCUAUCCUAUCAAGUUGUUUUACACUUCAAACAUCCCUAUUAUACUUCAGAGUGCUUUGGUCUCCAAUAUCUAUUUCAUUUCUCAAAUGCUUUCAGCGAAAUUUGGCGGACAUUUUUUAGUCAAUUUACUUGGAACGUGGGAGGAAGCGGAUGGUGGACCGGCUCGAUCCUAUCCUACCGGUGGAAUGUGUUACUACAUGUCCCCCCCUGAAACGUUAUCUCACGUGAUUCAAGAUCCUAUUCAUGCCGUUGUGUAUAUUGUCUUUAUGCUGGGCACGUGUGCAUUCUUUUCAAAAACAUGGAUUGAUGUAUCUGGCUCUUCAGCAAAAGACGUAGCGAAGCAGUUAAAAGAACAACAAAUGGUGAUGCGUGGUCAUCGUGAUAAGUCUAUGAUUCAUGAGUUAAACAGGUACAUCCCAACGGCUGCUGCCUUUGGUGGUCUCUGUAUUGGGGCUCUCUCUGUUUUGGCAGAUUUCUUAGGUGCAAUUGGUUCAGGUACUGGUAUUUUAUUAGCAGUUACCAUCAUCUAUCAAUAUUUUGAAAUCUUUGUUAAGGAACAAAGUGAAAUGGGAGGCGUUGGUACUUUACUUUUCUAACAUAUUGUUACUGUGGGAAUAACAUAAAAUCGGUCGCUAAUAUUUUUACCAGCGUUCUACUAGCAGUUCGUGUUUUUAUAAGCACGAACGUAAUAUCAUUGAAAAAUAUGUCAAGCGAGAUCUCUGGCUUUAUAAGUUUCUUGUUUCUACUGUAAAUUUUUCUUAAUGCAUCAAACAGAAUAAACAUUUUAAAUUCUUGUAAAGCCAACGGUUCGUGUGAGGAAUUUUAAUAAAUUUAUUCAUUUGAUUUGAUGUACCAA